AUGGUAAUGGAUAUAUCGUCAUCGAAUGAAAUACUCACUAUUAACAAUAAACAAAAUAAAGAAGAUAUAACUCUUAUUUGCUUUGAUCCAAAUAAUGAAUUAAAUUCGAGCAUAGAAAAUUUUGAAAUAUUAUUACAUGAAAUAAAUAAUUAUGUUAUUUUUCAUACUGAACUUCAAUCAUGUAUUACUUAUAUACAAUCAAUAGAAAAUGAAUAUAUAUUUUUAAUUGUAUCUGGUUUAUAUGCUUCACAAAUCUUACCUGAAAUUAUUAAUCUUAAACAAGUAAAUCGAAUAUUUAUAUUUAAUCCAAACGAAGAUUCAUAUGAAAAUUCAAAAAUAAUUCGUAUUUAUGAUCAAUUUCAUUUAUCAAUUGAAAAAGAAAUUGAAUUUAUUAAUCAAUAUUUCUCUACAUGGUGUUAUUAUGAUCAUGAUGAUUAUAAAACAAUAGACUUAACAAAACAAUCAAGUAGUUUUCUUUGGCUUCAAAUUUUACAUGAUCUUAUGUUAUGCUUACCACAUGAUCAAUAUGCUAAAAAACAAAUGAUUAAGACAUGUCGUGAUUAUUAUCAAGAUAAUAGAAAGGAACUUGAAUUAAUAGAUACAUUUGAAUAUAAAUAUCAAUCAAAAGAUGCGAUUGAUUGGUAUUUCAAAAACUCAUUUCUUCGAAAAAUGAUUACGAAAGCAUUAAGAAUUGAAGAUAGUAAUCAACUUUAUUUAUUACGAUAUUUUUUACAUGAUCUUAUUAAAUGUCUUAUCAAUAAAAAUAAACAAAUUGAAGAAAAAUUAUUUGUUUAUCAAUAUGUACAAUUAACAAAUAAUGAAUUUGAUAGAUUAAAAGAAAAUAUAGGUAAAUUUAUUUCAAUGAAAACAUUUUUUAUAGCCAAUCGAGAUCGUCAAUCAGUAUUAACAUUUGCAAAGAAAUCUCUACAACAUUCAUCGGAUCGUAUUUAUAUAUUUUUUGAAAUCGAAUGUAAUAUAGAAAAUUUUGUUAAUAUUGAAUCUUCAUCUCAAGAAACAAUUUUAUUUGAUUUAAAUACAACAUUUCAAUUACAAUCUAUUGAACAAAAUGAACAAUUAUGGUUUAUUAAAAUGAUUACAGUUAAUGAUGGAAAUCUUAUUAAAGAAAAAUAUAUUGAUGAUAUACAUAAUCAAAUAGAAGAUUUAAGUAUUUCAAUUAUUUUUGGUCGAUUAUUAUCUGAUAUGAGUCAUUGGGAACAAUCACAAAAAUAUUUUGAAUAUUUAUUAAAUAAUCCAUAUAAUGAAGAUAUAGCAUGGAUAGAACAUAGUCUUGGUCAAGCCCAUCAUUGGAAAGGAGAAUGGAAUAAAGCAAGAAUAUUUUAUGAUCGUGCUUAUGAUCAUAUGAUGAAAUCAGAAGUAAUUCGUAUUAAAGAUUCAGCUGAUAUUUUAUCUAAUAUUGGAGAAAUAUUACAUAUGGAAGGUAAAUAUGAAGAAGCACAAGAUACUCAUCAACAAGCAUUCACAAUUCGAAAAAAAUAUUAUCCAUCGAAUCAUGCACAUAUUGCUACAAGUUUAGAAAAUAUUGGAUUAAUCUGUCAUCAACGAUUAAAAUAUGAUGAAGCCCUUGAUUAUCUUACUCAAGCAUUAAUUAUUCGAGAGAAAUAUUAUAAUUCAUAUCAUAUUGAUAUUGCUAUCAGUUUAACUAAUAUUGGUUGUAUAUUUACUGAUCAAGGAAAGUAUAGUGAAGCUUUUGAUUAUCAUCGACGAGCAAUGGUAAUUUAUAAAAAAUAUUAUUCAUCAGGUCAUGUAUUUAUUGCUUCCACUCUUAAUAAUCUUGUUGAUGUUCUUUAUCGACAAGAAAAAUAUGAUGAAGCAUAUCAUACAGUUCAACAAUCAUUAGCAAUGCAAAAGAAAUUUUAUCCAUUGGGUCAUAUUGAAAUAGCAACGAGUUUAAGUAAUAUAGGAAAUAUUAAAUAUGGUCAAGGAAAAUAUAAUGAAUCAUUAGAUUAUCAUAAACAAGUAUUAGCUAUACAAAUGAAAUAUUAUCUAUCUGAUCAUAUAAGUAUAGCAUGUACUUUAAAUAAUAUUGCUUAUAUACUUCUUAAUGGAAAAGAAAAUUAUGAUCAAUCUUUUGAUUAUAAUCAACGAGCACUUACAAUCCAACAAACAUAUUAUCCAACAUUUAUGGGUCAUAUAGCACAAACACUUAUUUAUAUUGGAAGUAAUUUAAGUAAACAAGGAAAAUUUGAUGAUGCACUUGAUUAUUAUAAACAAGCAUUAAAAUUACAUGAAAAAUAUUAUCCAUGUGAUAAUAUUAAUAUUGCACAUAGUCUUGCUAAUAUUGGAAAUAUUCUUAGUGAUCAAGGUGAAUAUGAUGAAGCACUUACUUAUCAUCAAAAAGCUAUAAUAAUCUAUAAAAAAUCUUAUCCAUCCGAUUAUACAUAUCAUGCAAGUAGCUUAAAUGAUAUUGGUAAAAUACUUUAUCGUCAAGCAAAAUAUAAUGAAGCAUUUAAACAUCAUGAAAAAGCACUUGAUUUACAAAAGAAAUUUUAUAAUUGUGAUAAUGCACAUACUGCAAAUAGUUAUAAUCAUAUGGGUAUUGUUCGAUAUGGUGAAGGAAAAUAUGAAGAAGCUAUUGAGUUUUAUCAAAGAGCAUUAGAAAUUUAUGAAAAAUAUUCAUCAUCACGUCAAACAGAUAUUGCAACCAUACUUAGUAAUAUUGGACGUAGUUUUAAUCAUCAAGACAAAUAUGAAGAAGCAUUUGAAUAUCAACAACGUGCAUUAAAUAUUCGAGAAGUUCAUUCUCCUCUAGCUUAUAUAAAUAUUGCUGAUAGUUUUAAUCAUAUGGGAAAUAUUCGUAUUAAUCAAGAAAAUUAUAAUGAUGCUAUUGAUUAUUAUCAACGAGCAUUAAUUAUCUAUGAAACGCAUUAUUCAACACGUUAUUCAGAUAUUGCAAGUACACUUAAUAAUAUAAGUAAUGCCUUAUAUAAAUGUGGAAAAGAUGAACAAGCAUUAGAUUAUCAACAACGAGCAUUAAUUAUUCGUGAUAAAUAUUUUCCUUCGGGAUAUGCUGAUAUUGCUGUUGGUCUUAAUCAUAUGGGUAAUAUUCGAAUUAAUCAAGGUUAUUAUAAAGAAGCACUUGAUUUCUAUCAUCGAGCAUUAGUUAUUUAUGAAAAAAAUUUAUCAUCUCGUCAAGCUGAUAUUGCUACGACAUUAAGUAAUAUUGGUAAUGCAUUACAUAAAUAUGGAAAAUAUGAUGAAGCAUUUGAACAUCAACAACGUGCAUUAAAUAUACGAGAAAAUUCUUGUAAAUCUGCAUAUAUUGAUAUUGCUAUUAGUUAUAAUCAUAUGGGUAUUAUUCGAAUUGCUCAAGAACAAUAUGAAGAAGCUAUUGAUUAUUAUAAACGUGCAUUAGCUAUUUUUGAAAAAUAUUCUCCGUCACGACAAGCCGAUAUUGCAACAACAAUAAGUAAUAUUAGUAAUGCUUUGUAUAAAUGUGAAGAAUAUGAUGAAGCACUUGAAUAUCAACAACGUGCAUUAAAUAUUCGUGAGACUCAUUAUCCUACAGGUUAUAUGAAUUUAGCUGAUAGUUUUAAUCAUAUGGGAAAUAUUCUUCGUGGUGAAGGUAAAUAUGAAGAAGCUGUUGAUUAUCAUCAUCGUGCAUUGGAUAUUUAUGAGAAACAUCUUACUUCACGUCAUGCAGAUAUUGCUGUUAUAUUCAGUUUAAUUGGAAGUAGUUUAAGUCGUCAAGGAAAAUAUGAUGAAUCAUUUGAUUAUUAUAAACGAGCAUUAAAUAUUUAUGAAAAAUAUUAUCCUAAUGAUCAUUUUGAAAUCGCUCGUUAUUUACAAUGGAUUGGUUUAAUUUGUCAUACAAAGUCAGAUUUUGAUCAUGCAAUUGAAUAUUAUGAAAAAUGUUUACAUAUUCGAGAAAUAAAUUUAUCUAGUGAACAUCUAUCGAUUAUUGAAACACUUUCAACAUUAAGUGAUUUACAACGAAUACGUGGUCAACAUGAAUCAUCAUUAAUACAUGAAUUAAAAUGUUUUUUAAUACGUGAAAAAAUUCUUCCACCAAAUCAUCAAGAUAUAGGUAAAAGUUUAUCGAUUAUAGGCGAUUGUUAUGAACGUCUUCAUCUUCUUCAAAUUUCACUUGAUUAUUAUAAACGAGCUUUAAAUAUUUAUGAACAAUGUCUACCUGAUUCACAUCUAGAUCGACAACUUCUAGGAUUUAAAAUUGAACGACUUACCGAAGAAAUUGAUGAAAUUGAUAUUUAA